AGAAAAGAGGAUAAAUGUUGAGUGAAUGAGAUUUUGUUAUCUUGCUUUAUAUUUCACGCGGUGCGCUCAUUCAUUUCAUCAAAUAUUGUUCAAGGAGAGAUUGAGCUGCUUGGAUGAAGAAGUUGAGAGAACGACUGAGACUGAGUGAGAGAUGGAGGAGAGAUGGAGGAGUGUGUCUGAGGGAGGGUGGAGGGAGGGAGAGGCAGAGAGUUUGUGGAUAAAUGAGCGAGCAGCGCUGGCUCUGCCACAACGCCUCACUGCCAGACAAAGGAAGGAGUCCAGGAAACACACACACACACGCACAUAGUUCAAACCAGCCGCGUCCAGGAGCAUCUCCUGCAGCCUGAGCCGAGCGCUGGAUGUUUGGACCUUAUGUGUCUUCACAUGGAGGCAUCUGGAGUGGUUUGUGUGCCAGGAUUAAUUUACUAACCUGUGGCAGCGCCGGAGCGGAGACUUCAGCAGUGGGAAAAUCUCUGCUGUGCUUUUUCAAAAGCAAACACUUGCGAGCGUGUACACAACGUGCUACCUGAAACAUCAUGUUGUGUAGCUGCUGUUUUUAGAAUGACUGCUGUCAACAGUUUGGACUGUGUGUGAGAGCCAGCCAGAGUUUCGGUUUGUGUGCGUGGAUGUGUGUGUGUCAGCAUGAGUGUUCCCAUGUUGAAGAUUGGCGCGGUGCUCAGCACUAUGGCUAUGGUAACUAACUGGAUGUCCCAGACUCUGCCGUCGCUGGUCGGACUCAAUGGAACCAUCAUCUCCUCUGAGGGCACACAUGAGAGGAUUGUCAGUGGUUUGUACCCGGGCUCAGAGGAAGGCUGGCAGGUGUACAGCACAGCCUCAGAUCCUGACGGCAGGUGUGUGUGCACGGUGGUCGCUCCGGCACGAAACCUCUGCAAACGAGACCCUCGGAGUCGACAGCUACGUCUGCUGACUGAACAGGUUCAGAAUGUCAGUCAGUCCAUGGAGGUGGUCGACCUGCGGACAUCCAGAGACCUGCAGUAUGUCCGAGACUCUGAGCCGCUAGUGAGAGGAGUGGACGGACGUUUACACACUUACGUGGCCAAUCCCCGCACUCUGACAGCUAAAGGCCUGCAGGAGUUAAAGGGCCAGAUGUCUCAGCUGCGGCCCCUCUUGUCAGUAGUGGAGCAGUACAGACUGGACCUACAGACUCUGGCCACCUUGCGAAUGGAGCUGCUCAACCUGUCAAUCAUCCUGACAGCCAUUCAGGAGGAGAUCGGAGCGUACGAUUACGAGGAGCUUCAGCAGAGGGUGUUGCUGCUGGAGACCAGGCUGCACAGCUGCAUGAACAAACUGGGUUGUGGUCGUCUGACUGCAGUUAGCAACCCAAUCACCGUGAGAGCCUCGGGGUCCCGAUUUGGCUCCUGGAUGACGGACGCCAUGAUUCCCAGCUCUGACAGCAGGGUGUGGUCGAUGGAUGGCUACUAUAAAGGCAGACGGGUGCUGGAGUACAGGACCAUGGGGGACUUCACAAAAGGCCAGAACUUUGUGCAGCACCUGCUACCCCACCCCUGGGCAGGAACCGGCCACGUGGUCUACAACGGCUCACUGUAUUACAACAAGCACCAGAGCAACAUCUUGGUCCAGUACCAUUUUCGCUCUCGCAGUGUGCUGCUACAGCGCAGUCUGAGUGGAGCAGGAUACAACAACACCUUCCCCUACAGCUGGGGAGGAUCCUCUGACAUCGACCUCAUGGCCGACGAGACGGGAUUCUGGGCCGUCUACACCUCCAUCCCAAAUGCUGGAAACAUAAUGGUGAGCCGUCUGGACCCUCGUUCACUAGAAGUCCUGCAGAGCUGGGACACAGGGUUUCCUAAGCGCAGCGCAGGAGAGGCCUUCAUGAUUUGCGGCACCCUGUACGUCACCAACUCCCACCUAGCCGGGGCCAAGGUCCACUUCGCCUACCACACCAACUCCUCCACGUACGAGUACACCGACAUCCCCUUCCACAACCAGUACUCCCACAUCAGCAUGAUGGACUACAACCCCAGAGAGAGGGCGCUGUACACCUGGAACAACGGUCACCAGGUCCUCUACAACGUCACACUGUUUCACGUCAUCCAGAGUGACGGAUAAAUGGAAAGGUAAAAAAAAACACAAAUACAGUAGAAACGAAGACGAUGGGUUUUUAAAGGACACGGCAACUUACAACACAUGUACACAUGCAAACACGCACACAACGCCCAUUCACGUCAACAAGAGAAUGAGUACUGUCUGUGUUUGAAUUGGAAUGACUUUUAGACUGCAAGAGCUCACCGAGCUAAUAACUAGACACAAUACACGGUUGUCGAACACCAGUCUAAAGGUCACCGACAAGAGUAUUCAUCACAGCCGAGACGAAAAUUAACUGCCACAGUGGCGCUGAUAGAAAGAAGGAAGUCAGACAUUUUGAGCUCAUCCAUAUUCCGUUACGUUUCAUUCCACUCGUAUAUCAAGAAGUGACUUUGGAAGCUGAGGUCGAAUUGUCAAAAAAAUGAAAAAAAAACACAGCUUGUGAACUGAAUUUCCCCUCGCGUCAAACUUCGAGCUACGACGACGACCCCGGCGGAGGUAUUUUGGGUUUGUGAUGUGAUCGUGGACGUGUUCAGUCAGCAUGGUUGUUCAUUAAAUAAACUUGAUUGUCAAACUUUG